CCGCACCUCCGGAGGUUCGCACGCCCUGUGCCGGCGCCCGAGCGGGACCCGAGAGGUGCCGAAGCGCUGCAAGCGCGGCUUCCAGCGCGCGAGCCCUGCCAGGCGGGCGAGCACGGGCGCACCCCCCGCCAGUGCCCCUCCGCCGCUCCUCCUCCAGCUCCGGCCGGGUUGCCCCAGAGACCGCGACGCCGCCGCGCCGAGGGACCAAUGAGAGCCCCGCUGCUCCCGCCGGCGCCCGCGGUGCUGUGGCUCCUGCUCCUCGGCUCAGCUCACUGUGCUGCUGGACUGGAUGUCAAUGGCACCUACUCUGGGAAAGGGAGGCCACUUUCUGGGUACCACAGUGCUGAUGGUUCUGAGGAUACCUCGACAAGAGGGAUGCCUUCAGGAAGUGAGGUUUCCCCUGUGAGUGAAACGCCUUCUGGUAGUGAACUGUCCUCUGGGAUCGACUAUGACUAUGCAGAAGAAUAUGAUGGUGAACCACAAAUAUCAGGCUAUAUCAUAGAUGAUUCAGUCAGAGUUGAACAGGUAGUUAAGCCCAAGAAGAACAAAACAGAAAGUGAAAUGACUACAGAUAAACCCAAAAGAAAGAAAAAGGGAGGCAAAAAUGGAAAAAAUAGAAGAAACAGGAAGAAGAAAAAUCCAUGUGAUGCACAAUUUCAAAAUUUCUGCAUUCAUGGAGAAUGCAAAUAUAUAGAACACCUGGAAGCAGUAACAUGCAGAUGUUAUCAGGAUUACUUUGGUGAACGGUGUGGGGAAAAGUCCAUGAAGACUCACAGCAUGGCUGACAGUGAUUUAUCCAAAAUCGCUUUGGCAGCCAUAGCUGCCUUUCUAUCAGCCGUGAGCUUCACAGCGAUUGCUGUUGUAAUUACAAUUCAGGUUCGAAAGCGAUACUUCAGGGAAUAUGAAGGAGAAGCCGAAGAACGCAAGCAACUUCGACAAGAAAAUGGGAACACACAUGCCAUAGCGUAACUGAAGAUAAUGUUACAGGGUAUCAGAUCGGAGUCACUGCCAAGUUACAACCAUGAGUGAUGAGUUGGUUCCCCUUUUCACUGGAUCACAAGAAAACAGAACUUUUUUGUUCUGAUGGUUUUAAACUUUCAAUUGUCACUUUUUAUGCUAAGUCUCAUUUCUGUACAUAAAGAUGCAUGGAGAUAAAAAGUAUUUUUUCAAGUUGUAAAUAAUUUAUUUAAUAUUUAAUGGAAGUGUAUUUAUUUUACAGCUUAUUAAACUUUUUUAAUCAAA